AUCAGUGACCCGCCGCUGAUAUAGGUCUGCUCUCCUGGUUCUCCUACAGAGCCAGGCGGAAGGGCAGAUCUGAACGUUUUCGAACUGGCAGACAAUCAUCCCUUCUAUAUACCCUCCUCCGCCGCUCCCGACCACCCUGACCCUCCUAUCCCCCGCCAGUCUUCAGCGUCCCGUCCACUCACUUCCGCUCCGGGCGGCCCUUCCCCGUUUCUCCUCCAAAGACCGACAGCCAACUACAACUACGGUACAGUGGGCGCUCUCGGAAACCCACAUUCAUCCCCUGCUCGUCGACGGCGCCGUAGCAGCACACCGGAUACGCCCGAACACACUUUUGAGGGAACAGGAGGUUUCGCGGAGGAUCGCACGGCAAGCGAGGCCAGGUCUCGAACAUCCAGCAGUAUUCAGUCACGCGCCCCAUCAGAGGGCCCCGAACCGUACCCCAAGCGCAGGCGCCUGGCAAAUAUGCGCCCGGAUGGCAUUUCCAGUACAAACGGCUCCUCUCAUACGUUGAAUGGCUCGAAUGCAUCCCCGUCUCAGAAGGCAGCUUUCGCCCACUCUCUGAACGGCCAAACGAGUUUCACAGCCUCCAACGGAGACGUACGCACGAAUGGCUCUCAAAAAGCGUCAGUUGGCCCUCCGUCAUACUAUGGUCAUGACCGAGAAGAAGUUACCAGGAUCUUGAUUCAAGCCCUGUUUGACCUUGGCUAUGAUGGGGCCGCGACGCUUCUAAGCAAGGAGAGUGGGUAUCAACUGGAGAGCCCAGCAGUUGCUACGUUUAGAAAUGCGGUGUUAGAGGGCCGAUGGACCGAGGCGGAACAUAUACUGGUGCAGUCAUUCUAUCCGGAUCGAGGUGGUUGGAGGAGUAAUACCGGCGAGCAAGCGACGAAUAGGGAGAAGCUGGUUUUGGUGGAAGAUGCUCAAAAGAACGAAAUGCUUUUUUACCUGCGACAGCAAAAAUUCCUCGAAUUGUUGGAAGCCCGCGAUUUGGCGGCGGCCCUAAUUGUUCUGAGACAUGAACUGACACCGCUGAACUAUGACAUAGGACGGUUACACGCCCUGUCCAGUCUACUCAUGUGCCCCCCGGAACAUCUCCACGACCAGGCCGGCUGGGACGGUCCCAUAAGCUCUUCCCGAGAACGCUUGUUAUCGGAAUUGUCUCGGUCGAUAUCCCCCUCUGUAAUGAUUCCGGACAAUCGUCUUGCUAUUCUGCUGGAUCACGUCAAACAAACACAGAUUAACCAGUGCUUAUACCAUAAUUCCGCAUCACCUCCCUCAUUAUAUUCAGAUCAUAUGUGUGAUCGCAAAGACUUUCCUUUGCGGACCGGGAUUGAGUUGAACCAGCAUUCCGACGAGGUAUGGUGGUGCCAGUUCUCGAACGACGGGACGAAGCUGGUCACUGCCAGCAAAGAUCAGACUGUAAUCAUUUACGAAACCAGCACCUUCUCUGUGAUACAGAAGCUCUUGGGUCAUGAGGAUGGUGUUGCACAGUGUGCAUGGAGCCCGGAUGACUCGAAGAUCAUUACCUGUUCUCAGGACAAGACCGCCCGCGUAUGGAGCGUUGAGACUGGUCGUUGCCUUCUGACCAUCAAUCACCACCGUCAUCCCGUGACAGCUGCGGCGUGGGCUCCUGAUGGCGAGUCUUUCGUAACGGCGGCUCUGGACGUGAGCUCGCAACUCUGUCAUUGGGGCAUGCGUGGACAGACCCUAUACAUGUGGCCGGAAGGCUUCCGCGUCCAAGACUGUGCUAUCACGCCCGAUGGCCGGAGACUUAUCGCGGCAGACCUCGAUCAGAAGGUCCACGUCUACAACCUUGCGACCCGCGAUGAAGAAUACUGUCUAGCCCUGAAAAGCAAGCCAACCUCCGUCGCUGUUAGCAGGGACUCCCGUCACAUGUUGAUCAACUCCGCCGACGGACAAAUACAGCUUGUUGACAUCAACACCACAGACGUUGUACGUCGAUUUUCAGGGCAGAAACAAGGGCAUUUCGUCAUUCGCAGUGUCUUUGGUGGUGCGGCGGAAAACUUUAUUGUCAGUGGAAGUGAAGAUUCUCGUGUUUAUAUCUUCCACAAAGAAGCUGGCACACUUGUAGAGGCAUUAGAGGGGCACGUACGAGGAUGUGUAAAUUCCAUGUCCUGGAAUCCUCGAGACCCAGGAAUGUUUGCUUCUGCUGGCGACGACUGCUUGGUUAGAAUCGGGCAAGCACAGGGCAGUAUCGACAAGUGGUUUCACUCGCACUAGCGCUCUGCGUUCAACAUCAAGCUUCAAUUAGUGCUCCCGUUU